UCUACCUUCUUCAAAAACAAAAAGAAAAAUCGAAAGAAUAUGGCUCUCACGAGAUUCACAAGCUUAGCUCUAGCUUUUCUCUUUGCCCUUCAAGCCCUAGAUGAUGUUUAUGCUCACCAAGGCGGAGAUUCUAACGAAAGAAGUUCGACCAACAAUGGCCGAGAUACACCGGCGUUGUGGUAUAAAGAGUUUCGUAUCCAUGGCGGCGGGCUUGAGAAACCGAGGUUUAAAGGAAGAAAGUUUGCGCUCGCGAGAGAGAGGAGUCAAGGGGAAGAAAUCGACAGUCAGAAUAGUUUGAAGAUUUCAGGAGAGCAUCAAAAGAUCGAAAACUGGCAAGAUCGUAUCGGUCUCAAGAACGAUAAUUCUAAGAAGAACGAGAUGGUUGUGAGACUGUCUUUACCAAGAAGAGUCGCUUGUUCAGGUGAUUCCGACAAAACUAUGAAGGAGAUGAAGAGAAUCGCGAGAUUGUUGCGUAAUGAUUAUCCAUCGCGUACUAAGGCUCGACGCAAGCCUCCGAUCAAUAAUCGAGCUCCCAAUCAGAAUUAA